AUGGCGUGUAAAAAACGAAAAGUUGAUUCCGAGUGUCGACUGUUUAAAGAAGAGUGGGCUUGGAAAUACUUCUUUACAGAAUACAACGGUAAGCCAGUAUGUCUUAUAUGUAACGAAGCAGUGGCGGUAUUUAAAGAUUUUAACCUCGCUCGCCAUUUUAACACCAAGCAUGCUAAAACCAAAUAUGCUUUAAUGAAUGACGCCGAAAAAAAGGUGAAUGCGGAAAACCUAAAAAAAACAAUAUCUGGCCAACGAAAUAUGUUUAUAAAGAAAAACACUGCUCAAAAAGCCUCUACACUGGCUGGAUAUGUUGUGGCUUAUAACAUUGCUAAAAAUAACAAACCAUAUUCGGAAGGAGAGUUCGUAAAAGAUUGGAUGGAUGUCCUUUGUAAAGCUGCACUAGAUUUUACCCAUGUACUUAAUGUGGUUAUAAAACUAAUUAAUACGAUUCGAUCCCGGGGCUUGGUACACCGGCAAUUCCAAGAAUUUCUGAUUGCAAUCGACGCAGAUUAUUCUGAUCUUCUUUACCACACGAAAGUAAGAUGGUUAAGUUGUGGGUAUGCAUUUGAACGGAUCUGGAAUUUAAAAGAGGAAAUACAAGAUUUCUUAAAGAAUAAAACAGACAAAUGGUCUGAUUUCCAAAUCUUCGAAAACAAAGAUUGGUGUACCGAUUUUGCAUUUUUUACCGAUUUGCUCGAACACUACAACAAGUUAAAUAAAAAAUUGCAAGGACAGAACCAAUUUAUAGAUGAGACUUGGGGUUGUCUAAAAUCAUUUAAAACUCAGCUUUUUCUGUUUUAUAACUGCAUGGCUAAGAACGAUUUAACUCACUUUCCGCGUUUAAAAUCCAUGGCACCAGUGAGUGAAAACAAACUGAACGAAUUUAGUCAGGCGUUGAAAAAUCUUCACACAGAAUUUGAAACUAGGUUUCAAGAUUUUAAGAACAUUCAGUCAUCACUAGACGUUUUCUCGAUGCCGUUUAAUGUAGAUCCGGAAAAUAUAUCUGCAGAAUUGCAGUUGGAAAUUAUUGAAAUGCAGUGCAGCACCCAUUUAAAACAACUGUUCUUAAAUUCCACAAAACUAGAUUUUUAUAGAACAUUGCCUAAAGCUGAAUUCCCAAAGAUAAUUGCUCACGCCCAGAAAAUUAUGGCGAUGUUUGCGUCGUCGUAUGUGUGCGAACAGACUUUUUCGACCAUGAAAUUGCGGAAAAACUCAAUCAGAAACCGACUUACUGAUGAACACCUUUUCGCGCUGUUGAAAGUUACUUCAUCACAGCUCGAACCUGCAUUUGAAAAUAUUAUGGCAAAUCAAAAGCAAUUUCAUAUGUCUCACACGCCUACCACAGCAGGGCCUUCAAAUAAAAGUUAA